AUGGCCGAUGAUUUAUUUGAUGUCACAAGGGUUGCUCAACAUUUUGAGAAGAGUUUGUUGGAUGAUGGGGAUGAUGGCCUUGUUAAGUUAACUGAUUAUGCUUCAGCUUACAGGGAAAUUAACAAAUUGUUCAAUCAGCUCGGUUCCAUAUUUGUAUUCGUGAGAGACGACAUCGAUAACAAAUGCGCCAUACUGGAUAGGCACCUGUCUGGUCCUUGCGGCCUCCACUACCAAACUGUCAAUCAAAUGGGCGUUGAUGCUAGCAGCUGUAAGAAUGACGUCAACAUUAGCAAUGGCAUCAAGAUCAACAACUGUAAUGUCAGUGACAGCAAGAAUGAUGUCAACAUUAAAGAUGGUAGUAAGCUAAAGAGGAAAAACAAGAAGAAGAAAAAGAAUGCUGACUUGGAGAGGGAAAAAAAUCUUGAGCAUAAAAAAUGCAACGACGUAUCAUAUAGUGACUUGCCAUCUGGAAGUAGAUCGUUGUUGAGAUUGCAUAGAGCCAUGGAAUUCAUAAUUCAACUCUUCCCGACCCUGGUUGGACUGCCAGCGACUGCAGGCAUCAGAGGUGCUAUAAAGGAUCUCUACGAUCGGACUCUUGGCACCUACCAUCCAUGGAUCGCCAGAAAAGCAGUUCACCUAGCCCUGUUAGCCGCCUGCCCGACUAGGCAUCGUCUGCUCGCCCUGGUUGACCCUUCGGGUGACCUUGAGGUCGUGGAGGUCAAGGUCGCCAGGUUAACAAAGGUGGCUGAUAAGAUCCGGGAGAUCGUGCAGAGAGAAUAUGAUAGUAGAGGAUUGUUGAGCCUGGCCUGAUAAUUAUUAUUUACAUAAUUAUGCGAUAUAUUUUUUAUUUAUUUAUUUCUAUUGCAGUAAUGGUUCGGUUUUACAGUAAUGUCUGUACGAAUGGGAAAAUUGAAUUAUUGAAUGGAUGGAUGGAUGAAUGAAUGAAUGAAAAAAUGAAUGGAUGAUGAAUGAAAGAAUGGAUGGAUAGAUGGAUAAAUGGAUGAGUAAAUGAAUAUACAAAUGAACGAAAGAAUGAAUAAACUAGCUGAAAAAAGUUGAUGGUUUUAUCAGUUCUGAUUACUGAAUUGCUUUUUAAUGGACUUUAUGCGUUGCCUUAUUUAGCCGCAUUAUCUUUUAUCAUUUAUUUAGAAAGUUAAUUAAUUUUUCCAUUAGUUCAUUCAUUCUUUUAUCCACCAAUUCAUUCAUAAAUUCAUUGAUCUAACUGAUUAGCUUCUCGUUAUAUUAUCUUAUAUGUCUUUCAAGCAAUCUCUUUCAUUUACAUGACAUUCCGUAUA